UUUUAUUGUAUAAUGUUAUAUUAUUUCUAUGCUAUUAUUUCUGUGGUAUAAUGUUGCUACUUUCAAGUUUAAAUCUCAUUUGCGUAGUGGAUAAUUCCUUAAAAGUGAGAGCACCGACCACUUAUUAACCACUUAUUAACCACUUAUAACCACUUAUAAACCACUUAUUUUUUAGUUUUUAAUCUUAGAUGACGCAUAAGGAUGACGUCAUAAACCGAAUGUUUCCGAAGUAUAACCGAAGAUGGUUCGGACUUUUCCGAUCACGUCCGAUGAAAUAACCACCAAAAUUUCGAAUUAUUUUGCGACCAAAAGGGAAAAGACGGAAAUCCGUCGCUUGUGUCCCGCACAUGUUUGGAUUGUCAAAGUAUACAACUUUUAUAAAGAAAAUUAAAUCAAAAUUUAAAAAAAAAUGGUAAGGAAAUAAAGCUUUCAAACACGUUAGAAAUAUAGUAUAGAUAAUCAUAUUUCUGUACCUAAAAUUAUAGCGAAAUCGUACGUGUAUUUGUGAAGUUUUGUACUUUUGAAUCUGGGUCUCUUGAGAACUCGUAUUUUGUGUUUGAAGGUUUCCUUGAAUCCUGUACAAAUAUUCAAAGCCGGUGCGGACGAGGAGAAGGCAGAGACAGCUAGACUGGUAUGUUUUGUGCUUAAAUAUUUUGAUGUUUAUAUUUUUGUUUAUUCCUUGUGUAUAUAUAGUAAAUAUAGCAUGCAAGGGACAGCGGACACCUUAAGAUAAUUAAACUACACCCAUGGAGUAACCAGGGUUUUCUACCAGCCCAUCUUAUGAAGUAGUAGGCUAUCGUAAACCUCCGAAUACUAGCCCAAAUAUAAGCAUACCAUAUUCACUAACACUCAGGCCAUUCUGAAUAUAAUCCCCUGUGUAAGCCCUGGAGAUAUCCCAGGGUGCAUUCCAUGUGAACACUAUGCCAAAGAUAUGCCAAUAUUAACUAUAGAUAGUAUUGUAAUUUGCCAAACUUAUGCCGAAUUUCAGCGUAUUGCACUUAAAAUGGACCCUGGGAGAUAUCCCAACUUUGGUCAGAGUCCUCAAUGAUUCUUUCCAGUUGUGGGUCAAACUUAUGAUCCCAGAAGAUUGGGUCAUUCCAGAAAACAUCCAUACCACCCCCAUGAAGGAAAUAGGAACUACCCCCCCUACCCCCUUUGGAUGUCCUAAUACAUUUACUAUUAUCAGAAACAAUUUUUUCUCCCCUCCCCCUCCGGACGGCAGAAAUUUCCUCCGUGGGGGGAGUAUGGAUCUUUUCUGGAACAACCCAUUGCUCAGAUGUGUGACACUGUGUGACUGAACUAAAAUUACAAAACAGUAACUAAAACAAUAAAAUUAUAAUUAGUAAUGAACCUUUUGUUGCAUAAUUAGUCAUCGUUUGUUGGUGCUAUUGCAAUUGGCGAUCUCGUUAAAAGCACUCUGGGACCCAAAGGCAUGGUAAGUCCAAACAUGUUUGUUAUGAAUGAAAAGUACAUUGUAUCUUAAUUAUGUGGCUGUUUAGAUGGAAGCCGGUUGGGCCCGCUUAGCAAGACAGCCCAGUAAACGAGAUCUAGCUCGCUGUGUAGAUAUUUUUAUAGUAAGAAUUACUGUUUGUUUAUAUGGACAAGCGUGCUGGCCCGGUUGCUGAGAUCUGAACAAGCCAAGAUCUCGCUUAAUGGGAUGAAAAUUUCUCCAUAUAAACACUCACAAGCAGGCUAGCCCGGUUAAAAGAAUUCAUCCUGCCUACCGGGUCAGCCUGGUUUCCAUAUAAACAAUUCCCUAAGUCUGUUGCCAUGGCUUGUGUCUGAACUGAACUUUUUAAGCGAAUGGCUCUUGAAUGCCAUGAGGUUAGAAUUUUUUAACUAUAUUGUUCUACUUUCACCAGGACAAAAUCUUACAGUCUCUCGGUCAGAAUUGCGAUAUCCAAGUCACAAAUGAUGGAGCAACAAUCUUGAAAUCUAUCAGUAUUGAUAACCCUGCUGCCAAAGUUUUAGUGGGUAAUUAGUGACAAACAGUACUUAAUUCAUAUCAAGUACGCACAUAAAAAUCUCACAACUUGUCAAAAAGCUAGCAAGCUUGUCAACAAGUUCUAAAAACACCGUUAUUUUAUCAAAUUGCUACAUGGUUGUCACUCACAACUUGUGACAAAUUGUUGAAUUGCAAGAUGAUAACAAGUUGUUGGAACAACUUGUGACAAGUCUGUUGAGUUGAACAACCUUGUAGCAAGUUGUCAGUUCAAGCUGUAAAUGUGAACAUGUCCGAGGUUUACCACCUUGGCUAUUCUCUUCUAGUGCUUAUUGAAAUCCAACAAUUUGUCAGGUAAAUAUUUGUGCUAAACGUGAUGUCAAUUUGCAGAUAUUUCCAAAGUUCAAGAUGACGAAGUUGGAGAUGGCACGACCAGUGUGGUUGUGUUAGCUUGUGAACUUCUAAGGGUAAUAACAUUUCAUCCCAAUAUUGUUGAAUUCAAGAGGUGAACAGUCGCAGAUGAAACAUUGUCCACCUGGAAGAUUUGACCUCAACAGAUUUAGCCACAAUCAUUCAAGCUAAUCAAAACCUACAAAUAAUUGUUACAAAAUUGAACUUUCGCAUGAGAAUAGACAAGUUUUUUCUACAACUGUUCAGAACAGUUGUAGAACUGUUCAUCUUUACAUUUGCAUGACCAUAUUAUACAGAGCAAUGAUGAGAAACAUGAAUGCCGAAUCAUUUCCAACUGAUAUGUGGCAAGUUCUACAUGAUCUGAGCUCUGAAAUUUAUUCGAUUAAUUCGAAAUGUAUUUUUGAGACAUACAUUGGCAGACCUCAAAAUAUCAGAGCAUAGCAACCUUGUUCUGGGUAGAGUCUUUCCUCUUGGCCAGGGGAGAAAAUCCAAGAUGAAAAUCAAUAAAUACUUGAUAUUUGGAGGAUUUUUAUAGUUUAAUUUAUACAGUAGGUACACUGCAUUGUAGAGAUUGUGAUAGGUAAUUACAUAAUAAACAAAAUCCAACACUAACCCUUUUAACACUCUGAAAUUUUUUUCUUCCCUUGGGAGUUCAAGGGGUUGUACUGUAUGGAGAACCCCCCCCCCCCCGUCAGAUUAACCUAAACCUACAUUUCUCCUUCUAGGAAGCAGAGAAGUUAACAUCGUCAAAAUUUCAUCCCCAGACGACUAUCCUGGGAUGGCGCAAGGCUGUGAAAACAGCACAAGCCGCACUGGAGCAAUCCGCUGUAGACCACGGCAAGGAUGAUGCCAAGUUUCGAGAAGAUCUGAUGAAUAUUGCCAAGACCACUUUAAGUUCAAAAAUCUUGGUCCACCAGAAAGAUCAUUUUGCCAAACUUGCUGUUGAUGCUGUACUGAGAUUAAAGGUGUUGUGUUUGGAUAUUUUGUCCAGUACUACCUUUUGCAUAUGUAUUAUUAUACAGGGGGGAUCUAGCCUCUUCUGCAAGAAGGGGUGCAAGUUUUCCAUGGGGUGGUGCAUGAGGGAACCAUACAGCCCACUCUCCUCUGCAGUCUGGAACGAUACCAUCUCAAAAUUACCAUUAUUUGAGAUGGCCGAAUCUGCAUGUUCGCCGUUCUAUUACGUUUUACUGCACAUUAUUUUUUUGUUUAUAUCGGCUUUUUAUCACGUAUGCAUGACUGGACAGUUGCUGUAGCACAGUACAGUAAAUUUUCUUGUUAAAGUACAGUAUAUUUAUGGCUGCAUAACAACCUGGACAAUGGACAUGCAUGUUUACAUAUUUAACCAUGAUAUUGAACUAAAACCAUUCUGUAUUUUUUCGUGCAUGAGCUCACAAAUCAAUUAAAUCAUUACAAGAAAUUGACACGCGCUAACAGUAGAAGUUCCGCUAUUUGAAAAGCAGAACAAAUGUAUGGUCAAGCAUAUUUUUUAGAUGCACAUUUAAAAACAAAGAAUUGAAUUUUGUAGGGAAGUGGAAACCUAGAAGCAAUUCAAAUCAUUAAGAAACUUGGUGGCAAUCUGGGUGACUCGUAUUUAGACGAAGGUUUUCUGCUUGAUAAGAAGAUUGGCGUUAACCAACCAAAGCGAAUGGAAAAUGUUAAAAUAUUGAUUGCAAAUACAUCUAUGGAUGCCGAUAAAAUAAAGGUUAUAUCAGUGUUUGAGUGGACGUCUAGGAAAAACAGUUUAGAACUGAUAGAGCUAUCCAGUAUAAAUAAAGUUAGUUUAGUUUAGGUUUCCUCCUUUAGUAACACUGGAUCAAUAAGAGAUGAUCCUUACUGGACCUCUAGGAAGAACAGUUAAGAACUGGUAGAGCUAUCCAGUAUAAAUAAAGUUAGUUUAGUUUAGGUUUCCUCCUUUAGUAACACUGGAUCAAUAAGAGAUUACUCUUACUGGAUCACUAGGAAGAACAGUUAAGAACUGAUAGAGCUAUCCAGUAUAAAUAAAGUUACUUUAGUUCAGAUUACCAUAGUAUAUAAUAUGAUAGGUUGAUUGACUACAAGUAUAAUGUAAAUUCCAGGUUUUUGGUUCAAGAGUACGGGUCGAUUCUACAGCAAAAAUUGCCCAGUUAGAACUGGCUGAAAAGGUAGCUAUAUAACUUUGAGAUUUGAUUUUCAUUUACGAUUUGAUUUUUGAUAAUAAUAAAUUUUUUUUCCACCAUUUUUUCCAUUUUUUAGGAAAAAAUGAAAGAUAAAGUUCAAAAUAUUUUAAAACAUGAUAUAAACUGUUUCAUAAACAGGUUCGUUUGUGAACGUAACUUCGACGUAAUCAAAUUUAUUUUAAAAUACCAUCUUAGAAUUUUAUUCGUAGGUUUGAUUAACCCAUAAGUGGCAAUGCUUCCUGAUGCGCUCUACUUUAUUAUUUUGCUCUGUCCAACGCCAGACAAUUUUACUCUUCUGGAAAGGGAGGGGUCUGCUACUCGAUGGGUUGAACCCUAAUUUCAUUAUUUUCAUUCCUAGGCAACUUAUAUACAACUAUCCUGAGCAGUUAUUUGCAGAUGCAGGAGUGAUUGCAAUAGAGCAUGCUGAUUUUGAGGGAGUGGAGCGCUUGGCUCUUGUCUUAGGUUCAGAAAUUGUUUCAACCUUUGGAAAACCUGAACUGGUUAAACUUGGUCAUUGUAAACUCAUUGAAGAGGUUAUGAUUGGAGAAGAUCAGGUUAGUGAUGGUGAUGAUGAUGAUGAUGGUGGUGAUAAUGAUGGUGAUGGUGAUGAUGGUGGUGGUGAUGAUGAUGAUGAUGAUGAUGAUGAUGAUGAUGAUGGUGGUGGUGAUGAUGAUGGUGAUGAUGGUGAUGAUGGUGGUGAUGAUGAUGAUGAUGAUGAUGAUGAUGGUGAUGGUGAUGGUGAUGAUGAUGAUGGUGGUGAUGAAGAUGAUGGUGAUGAUGGUGGUGGUGAUGAUGAUGAUGAUGAUGAUAAUGAUGAUGGUGGUGGUGAUGAUGAUGGUGAUGAUGGUGAUGAUAGUGGUGAUGAUGAUGAUGAUGAUGAUGAUGAUGAUGGUGGUGGUGAUGAUGAUGGUGAUGAUGGUGGUGGUGAUGAUGAUGAUGGUGGUGGUGAUGAAGAUGAUGGUGAUGAUGGUGGUGGUGAUGAUGAUGGUGAUGAUGGUGGUGGUGAUGAUGGUGGUGGUGAUGAUGAUGAUGGUGGUGAUGAAGAUGAUGGUGAUGAUGGUGGUGGUGAUGAUGAUGAUGGUGGUGGUGAUGAAGAUGAUGGUGAUGAUGGUGGUGGUGAUGAUGAUGGUGAUAAUGGUGGUGGUGAUGAUGGUGGUGGUGAUGAUGAUGAUGGUGGUGAUGAAGAUGAUGGUGAUGAUGGUGGUGGUGAUGGUGAUGAUAGUGGUGAUGAUGGUGGUGGUGAUGAUGGUGGUGAUGAUGAUGGUGGUGAUGAUGGUGGUGGUGAUGAUGGUGGUGAUGAUGGUGGUGGUGAUGAUGGUGGUGAUGAUGAUUGUAGUGAGGAUUGUGAUGGUUGUGCUGACAAUAUUUGUUUAAAUUAUUAGUUUAAUAUAUCAUUUUAGUUAAUCCAUUUCUCUGGUUGUGCUCUGAACGAGGCAUGCACAAUCGUAAUACGUGGAGCUACGCAACAGAUUUUGGAAGAGGCAGAACGCUCGCUUCACGAUGCUUUGUGCGUCCUAACACAAACUGUCAAAGAAACUCGAACGGUAUUUGGCGGAGGUAGGGCACUCAUGAACAUUGACUGCAUUUAUAAAUACACACGGAUUCGUUCUGACAAAAUUGGACAAUGAAAGAUAGUCCCCGCCUGUGAAUAAAGACAAUACGAACUACAGACAACAAGCCGUCAACAAGUUGUGUUCGCAUUGCUUGUCCCAAAUUGUCAACAAGUUUGGAACAAGCUGUUAACAACUUGUAACUUGUUGAUAUUAUCAGACUUGUUGCAAGGUUGUUCCAACAAUUCCGAUACAGUCAUGGUAUAACAAUAUUAGGGCCAUUUAUACGGGACAAAAUAAGACGCGACUUACAUAAGACGCGACUUAAAUAAGACGCGAGUUUGUCGUAUAAAAGGUACAAAAUUCUUAUGUAACUAAGAACAGGACUUUUAGCUGUUUUUAUUUAAGUCGCACCUUAAAUAAGAAAUUUUAGACAAAAAUUGUAACUACACAUGCCCGAAACUUGAAACAACGUAAAAUUAUUAGCCUUGCAUAUUCGAACAAAAACAACCGAAACAACAUUAUAGCUAUAGCAAGUAAAUAAGAAUAAAUCCGUAGAGAACCAUUUAUGCGAUAACUCAGCUUAUAUAAGACGCGUCUUAUGUAAGACGCGACUUAUUUUGUCCCGUAUAAAUGGCCCUAAUGUUACAACCUUGUGUGGUCAACCUUGUAACAUUCUUGUUAUAUCAUGACUAUAUCAGACUUGUUAGAAGUCUGAUAAUGCCUUCUCAAAUUCAUUAAUAAUUCAUGAGUAAUUCAGCCAAUGUUAAUCACCUAUUUGAUCACAAGAUGCCAUUUGGAUACUUGAUGAAAGUCACUAGUGUUUUCAUCAAAUAUCUUAAUUACGCAUGCAAAAUUACUUAAAUAGAAUUCCUAAUUACGUUAUGCUUGGUUAAGAAUUCUAUUCAAAUCAGCAAACGAAAACAUUCUGUUACGUCUCGAUUCAUUUGAGAAGCCAUAUAAACAACUCGAGCUCGUGUCUCACCGGGAUAUCAAACACUCGAAAACAAUGUAUGAAAACACUCGCGCUUCGCGCUCGUGUUUUCAUACAUUGCUUUCUCGUGUUUGGAUAUCCCGGUGAAACACUCGCUCUCGUUGUUCAUAUAUUACAUCAAGCUUGUUACAAGUUGUUAGUAGCUUGUUUCAAACUUGUUACAACAACUGGGAACAAGCAGUGCGAACACAACUUGUUGACAGAUUUUGUAACAACUUAUUUGCAGACCUGUAGCAACUUGUCAACAAGUUGUAACAAUGUUGUUAUUUUAUCAAGUUGCUACAAGGUUGUCAUUCACAACUUGAUGACAAAUUGUUGAAUUGCAGAACGAUAACAAGUUGUUGCAACAACCUGUAACAAGUCUGUUGAGCUCAACAACCUUGUACCAAGUUAGCCGUUGACAACUUGUCAACAAGCUGGGAACACGCAGUGCGUACACAUCCUGUUGACAAGUUGUUUUGUUAUAACUUGUGCGUUCUUAAAAGCAUAACAAAUUUUGGUCAUUUUCCAGGUGCUUCCGAAAUGCUUAUGGCAAAAGCUGUCAGUCAUUUGGGGUCGAAAACGCCAGGAAAAGAGUCGAUAGCUAUUGAGAGCUUUGCCAACGCUUUAAGACAGGUAAACAUGUGCAAUUUAUAAUUGUUAAUAACUGAGAGCGGGGCGGAUUUAGCCCCAUUUGCAAGGAGGGGUGCAGGUUUUCUAUGGGGUGGUGCACGAGGGAGCCUUACUGCCCAAUCUCCUCUGCAGUCUGCAACACUACGUCCCAACAUUACCAUUAUCUAGCCUCCUCUGCAGGCAUCUCGUGGUUCACUACAAAGUCGGCGAGAUGCCCGCCAAUCUAAAGGCGAUACCUGCGGAGAAUGCUAACCAUUAUCUGAGAUGGCCGAAUCUGCAAUCGCCGUUCUGUCACGUUUCACAUUAUCUUUUGUUUAUAAAGUUUAUAUCUGCUUUUUAUCAUGUAUGCGUGACUGGACAGUAUAACAAACUCGACAUGUUUAACCAUGAUAUUUUAGAGUAUUUUCUCGUGAGAUCACAAAUUGUUUCAUCGUUUCAAGAAAUCGACACGCGCUAACAGUAGAAGUUCCGCUAAUCGCUAGUCGAAAAGCAGAAAAUGUAUGAUCAAGCAGAUUUUUUACGGUGGUGGUGAAGUGUGUGUAUUUCUUCACGUAUAGAUUCCCAUUAUAAUUGCUGAUAAUGCAGGCUAUGACAGUGCACACUUGGUUUCUCAAUUGAGGGCAAAACACAGCGAUGGAGAAAAUCGAUAUGGCUUAGGUAUGACUCCAGUGACUUGCUUUUAACCCUGCCUCCUCCGCAGGCCCUCGUUGCGUCAUGGGAAGGUCACAAUCUGGCGAGGGCCUGCGGAAUCUUGUAAAAAAAAUGGCGCCGGUGUCACGUCAGCAAGUAAAUUUCUACAUAAUCUUGAAUAUAAACAAUUAUGAAAAAGCGGCGUGAAACUUGUAAAUUAUACUGGCGACUCUUAGGACGUGGAAGGAAGCAUUUUUUAACGAUAAGGUUUGUUGUCCACACCAACGUUGCACAAAUAAAACUGCCUUCUUUAACAAAGCAGGUUCAAAACAACAUUAAUUCAUUUUACAAGAUUCCGCAGGCCCUCUCGAAAUCGUCACCUUCCCAUGACACAACGAGGGCCUGCGAAGGAGGCAGGUUUUAACCCAUUAAGGUGCAUAACCCUUUAAAGCCUGCUUUCCAUGCAUAUGUUCGUAAAAAUUUUGUCGCGAUCUUUCUCAACAGCCAGUUUAGAAUAGUUUAUACCUGUGAAACAAAUCAUAAGUAUUCUCUAGUUAUAAUCACUCCGCGUAUUUUUACUUCAAAAGUGUUGUAUUUGGGCUCAUGAGAAAGAUCGUGACUCAAUCUUUACGACCGUUACGAGCAUAUGGAAACCAGGCUUUAUUUUAGUUUUAUUUUGUAGUUUACACAGUUAGCAAUCUUUUUAAAUGUAUCUGGCGGUUGAGAAACACAAAAUAAUAAUGAAAUAUUGUCAAGUAAAUUAUCACUUUCGCCGAGGGCAACAACGGCGGUCGAGGGGCCACAAAACACACUGCUUUCCCGAGGUCUCAGUAAAUAAGUGUUUUGUUACAUAGUAUAUAAGUGUCGAAGUAUGAAUAAUUCACCGGUUAUUGGAGUGAACUUAAUUUGAAACUAAAACUGGAUAAAUGGAACGCCGUAAAUGUUUAGUAAAAAGUUUAAAAAAUGAACUUUGGAACUUCAUGGUUGACACGCAUGCGUAUUGCACCCAUUUUAUUAUUGACCAGUCAAUGUUUCAUUGCGGACCGGUUGCCGAACAUGGACCGGCACGUGACACGGUUUUGACCAAUCGGCAAACAGAAAAAUUGAACUUUGACACUAACUAUAUAACAAAUACAAUUAUAAUUGAUGCUGAAAAAUUGACGCUAUAUAUUUAUACAGCAAUGUAACUUGCUGAACUUCAGACAUCAUUUUCUCUUUGGCGUACCAUCUAAAAUCUCUUCAUUUUAGCAUUAUUUUACAGAUAAAGCACUAAAUAUACUUUUUAAGUUUGUUUGCCGCUUGAGAAAUGUAUCAAAAAUUUAUAAAAUUGAAUAUGUACAUGCAUAUUUUUUGUUUCCAAGAUAUGCGAACAGGGGUGAUAGGUAAUAUGGUGGAACUGGGUAUCACAGAAUCUUAUAAAGUCAAGCUGCAAGUUUUGCUGUCAGCCGCAGAAGCUGCUGAAAUGAUAUUGCGAGUCGACGAUAUUAUCAAGGCUGCUCCAAGGUACAACACAUGCUAUACAGUAGGUUUAACUAAGCGCUGUGCUGGUGAGCCUGCAGUCCUCGCACUGAGACCACGUUAACACUAUACACGCGAGAACACACAAGUUGUAACAAAUGCUGUUCCAACAACUUGUAGUAAUGCACAACUUGUAGUAAUGCUGUUCCAACAACUUGUCGACAGGAUGUGUUCGCACUGCUUGUUCCUAGCUUGUUGAGAACUUGCUACAAGGUUGCUGAGCUCAACAGACUUGUUACAAGUCGUUCCAACAACUUGUUAUCGUCCUGCAAUUCAACAAUUUGUCAACAUCUUAUUGAGUAGCAAUCUUGCAGCAACUUGAUAAAAUAACAUCAUUGUUACAACUUGUUGACAAGCUUGCUACAAGCCUGUUGCGAACACAUCUUGUUGACAAGUUGUGAGAUUUUUACGUGUGUUGAAAACGAUUUUUGCGUCGGAGCGAAAUUGUCGUAACAAUUUAAGCGCGGUUUCUGAACGGAGCGAGAUGGCGGCUUCGUGUCAACACAAACGCCGUUACUUUUUUAUACCGCUUGCAAACCAAACAUCUCAGCUCUCAAAACAGGAAAUUCGAAUGCUUUUCGUUUUGGUCUCCUUUGCUCUAUUUGAAAUGUUUUGACUUCACAAGAGUGCUGAUUUAAUUUGUAAACAAAUUAUUAACGGUGUAUUGUAAACACGUAAAUUCUCCGGGUAUUAUUUCUCUCCAGUGUAGCGCGAACGCACUCUGAGAAAAAUAUUGUUCAUUCUGGGUUUUUUUUUUCAUUUCAGACAACGUAAUCCACGCGAGGACUAUUGUGGAUAAAUAUGGAUAUGUAAAGUUGCAUACGAGAAAGCAUAAUAUAAACGUUUUAAUUAAAGAAGACACUAAAAUGUUCUAGUGUUCAUGAAAGUGUGAUAAUAAAUGUUACGAAGUAUGAUUGAUUUUUUGUUUUAAGUGUAUGUUUAGGGGCUGAUCACUUCGGGAGUUUUUCAGCCCGAGUUGAAUUCUAGAUUCCCCUUAUUACGUUUUCGUAGCGCUUUGCAUUGUGGUUAUAGUGGUAUCACUGAUAAAGAUAGCGGCCUCGAAUGAAAAAAUUGAAUGUUUUCGCGAAUAUUUUUCCAUUGGCUAUCGCGCACCUGACCCUAGCUUUUUUAAAAGUUCUUGCACGGGUCAGGACAAAAAUAAGCCAUCUUGAAUAUCAGUGAUACCACUAUAACCACAAUGCAAAGCGCUACGAAAACGUAAUAAGGGGGAAUCGUCAAUUGCCACUCGAUUAACGGAGCUGUUUCACGAUUACAUGGCAAAUUUCAGCCCGGGAUGAGUUGGAAUUUCAGUUGAAACCGGGGUGAAAUUUCAGCCUCAAAAUGAAACUGUUCUCCGGGGCCUGUUCACACUAAUAUCGAUCUGAGAUCGAUCUGACAAUGUAGUGUGAACAGGCCCAUAACUUCUGCGAUACUGUAAUUGCAUUUAAAAAUAGAACAGACACAAAUAAAUAGAGGAUAUUACACGGCGGCGCGAAGAUACGACUUUUAUCAUCGAGUGGUGAAAACAAUAUUUUACGAACGAGCGCAGCGAGUGAGUAAAAUAUUGUUUUUAACACUCGAAGAUAAAAGUCAUAUCUUCAAGCCACCGUGUAAUGUUGUAUAAAUACUAUAGUAAAAGUCACGUGAUCGAUAUCUUCACUUUAAAUGCUGUUUUUUCAAGCCGGGUUGGAAUGUCCCGUUUUCUUUGUGUUUUCUAAUUUGUUCCACCCGAAAAAUCACAAGACAAAGAAAAAUUCCGCUUCGUGCGGAAAAUUCCGCCUAGUGGAAAACAGCCUUUACAGGUAAACUACGUGAAGCGUUCCUCUUUUGACUUCCUAACUCACUUGGAAUUUUCCUCAUUAGCUUUGCAAAUUUGAAAAAUCUUUGCAAAUCCCUUGAGGGAAUUUACAAUGUUCCUAUCGGCUGUUGUAAUAUUCCAAUGUAAAAAAGUUGUUUUGUUAGCCAAUUGCAACGCGCAGAACAGAACAGAACAGGAAGUUAGGAACUUGUAACAGGAAGUCAAGAACUUCUAACAGGAACUGAGGAAAAUUUAAUU